GAAAGCUUCCGAUAGGUCUACGCGAUGCGGGAGCUUGAAGACGUCCAAGAUUGAUAAACCAGCUGUUCCUGUCCUUUCUCAGACACGUCUCCACAAGCCACCUGAGCCGUGAUUAUAUCGCAUCGCUUCACCAUGGCGACCGUCACUCAAACCCCAGCUUCAGCCUCUACAGGCUUCGAGAUUCCGACGUACCACCAGGUACCUGAAACCACCCAUGACCUCGACUGGGCCGACCUCUCCACCAUUGACCUCUCCCAAUUCGACGAGCCAGGAGGCAAGGAGCGCCUCGCAAAGCAGCUCUUUGAAGCGAUCCAGAAAAUCGGCUUCUUCUACAUCAUCAACUUCGGCCUCUCGCAAGAAGAAGUCGACCGCCAGUUCUCCAUCGGCCAACAGAUCUUCAACCUCCCCCUCGAGGAGAAACUCAAGUACCGCGCUGAGCUCGAGAAGGGCGGGUAUAAUGGGUAUAAGCCGGCUGGGCUGCGAGAAAUCGCCCCCGGCAUCUUCGACAACACAGAAAUCUACAACAUCCCCAAAUUCAUCCCCACACACGAACGGCCGCACCCAGAGAUUAUAACAGCCAAUCGCGGCGUCAUCGAGCCCUUCGCCCGACACAUCCACGACUCGAUCGUGCGCAAACUCCUCAUCCUCAUCGCCAUAAUCCUCGAACUCCCCGAAGACCACUUCCUGCACGUCCACCGGUACGACGAACCCAGCGACUGCCAUUUACGGUACAUGAAAUACCACCGCCGAACCCCCGAGGAAAAUGCAAAAGCAAGCGGGAUCUGGUCCAAGGGCCACACGGACUUUGGAAGUCUCACCCUCCUCUUCCGCCAGCCCGUCGCGGCCCUGCAGGUCCGCACGCCCGAGGGCGCUUGGAGAUGGGUGAAGCCGUACGCGGGGAGCAUCACAGUCAACAUUGCGGACUCGCUGCAGUUCCUCACGAAUGGGUUUCUGAAGAGUAGUAUCCAUCGCGUGGUGGCGCCGCCGGCGGAUCAGGCGGGCGUUGAUCGGUUGGGGGUGCUGUAUUUUGUAAGGCCGGAGGAUGGCACGGAGUUGAGGCCUGUGGAGAGUGCUGUGCUCAAGAGGUUGGGGUUCGACAAGGUCGUGGAUAAUAGUGCGGUGGGGAUUACGGCGGGGGAGUGGGUGAAGGCGAGGGUGAGGAAGGGGGUUGAUCGGGGCGAGGGGCCGAGGAGUGAGGUUGGGGAUCAGAGGAUUAUUGGGGGGCUUGUUGCCAAGUAUUAUGAUUAA